UAUUUUAAGAAAAUUUCAAACAUUUUUAGAGAAAACACCAAUAUACCAUGUCAACUAUGUAUACUAUUUUUGAAAUGCACCAAAUAAUAAUAAAUCUAAAGAUACUAUACUAUAAAAAGAAAAAUUAACAAAACAGUGUUUAUGAAACUUAAGAAAUAAAACUCAUCACUAAAAAAAAAAAGUGAAAAGAAUAGAGUAAAAGAGAGACGAAGUUGGUAAAUUAAGAAGAAGAAAAGGAAAAAAAGAAGAGUAGAAUGGGGCCCACAAAAGAGGCCCAAUUAAGUGGCAUCACGCACAAACACACACCGUCACAAAUACUCUUCUUCACACAGCUUUGAAUCCAUCUGUCUUCUCCUCUCUCUCUCUUCUCCAUUUGCAAUUAUGAUAAUGUGAAAGCAAUUCGAAGAAGAAAAGUUAUCUUCGCACCUCAGCAAAGAUCCAAUCGAUUCGAUUCUUAAGCUUUUUCGUCUUCUCCGAUAAGGUCACUACUUAGAAGCCGCGUUGUGGUUUAGUUGACUCCUCCAGGUUUUAUCUUCAAGCUUUUUCGUCUAUCAGAUCUGGUGUCACUGUCUUCUCAUAGGAUUACAUAGAGAUGGGGAAAAAAGCUAAAUGGUUUUCAAGUGUUAAGAAAGCAUUCAGCCCAGAUUCAAAGAAGUCGAAGCAAAAAUUGGCUGAGGGACAAAAUGGUGUUAUCUCUAAUCCUCCUGUUGUGGAUAAUGUUAGACAAUCUUCUUCUUCUCCUCCUCCUGCUCUUGCUCCUCGUGAAGUGAGAGUAGCUGAAGUGAUUGUUGAACGGAACAGGGAUCUUUCACCUCCUUCUACAGCAGAUGCUGUGAAUGUUACAGCUACUGAUGUUCCUGUAGUUCCAUCUUCAUCUGCUCCUGGUGUUGUUCGUCGCGCUACACCUACUCGAUUUGCUGGAAAGUCAAACGAAGAAGCCGCUGCUAUCUUGAUCCAGACUAUAUUUAGAGGUUAUUUGGCAAGGAGAGCGUUGCGGGCAAUGAGGGGUUUGGUCAGACUUAAGUUAUUGAUGGAAGGAUCUGUUGUUAAGCGGCAAGCUGCAAAUACUCUAAAAUGUAUGCAGACUCUCUCUCGUGUACAGUCGCAGAUCCGAGCUAGGAGAAUCAGGAUGUCAGAAGAGAAUCAGGCUCGCCAGAAACAACUCCUUCAGAAACAUGCUAAAGAGCUAGCUGGCUUGAAGAACGGGGAUAACUGGAAUGAUAGCAUUCAAUCAAAGGAGAAAGUUGAAGCGAAUUUGCUAAGCAAGUACGAGGCAACAAUGAGAAGGGAAAGGGCAUUGGCUUAUUCAUACUCUCAUCAGCAAAACUGGAAGAACAACUCUAAAUCUGGAAACCCGAUGUUCAUGGAUCCAAGCAACCCGACAUGGGGUUGGAGCUGGUUAGAGAGAUGGAUGGCUGGUAGGCCACUAGAGAGUUCCGAGAAAGAACAAAGCAACAGCAACAAUGACAAUGCUGCCUCGGUCAAGGGCUCUAUUAACCGCAACGAAGCUGCAAAAUCUCUAACCCGCAAUGGCUCAACUCAACCAAACACACCAUCAUCCGCAAGAGGGACCCCAAGAAACAAAAACAGUUUCUUCUCACCUCCAACUCCCUCAAGGCUAAACCAAUCCUCGAGGAAAUCCAAUGACGACGACUCCAAAAGCACAAUCUCGGUCCUGUCCGAGAGGAACCGCAGACACAGCAUUGCUGGUUCAUCAGUCAGAGACGAUGAGAGCCUCGCUGGCUCACCAGCUCUCCCGAGCUACAUGGUUCCAACUAAAUCAGCUCGAGCCAGGCUCAAGCCCCAAAGCCCAUUAGGUGGUACCACACAGGAAAACGAAGGGUUCACAGACAAGGCAUCAGCUAAGAAACGGCUCUCGUAUCCAACUUCGCCUGCAUUGCCUAAACCACGGCGGUUCUCAGCUCCCCCUAAGGUGGAGAGUGGCGGCGUUACCGUGACCAACGGAGCAGGCAGCUGAGGUAUUUUAUUUAAUAUAAUUAUUUUCCCACUUAUGAAUGUGUCCGAGAUUGUUGUCUCUUAUGUGUUCCCUUCAUUUCGUAAUUCAUUUGUGCAGUGUAAGCGCCAGUCAUUUAUUUUUUUACUAUAAUAAAUUUUAUAACCUUUUAAAAUUCAUGUUCUUUUGUUUCUUUGAAUAUUUAAGUUAUUUUUAUUAAUGUUGGAUGAAUUGGAAUAUGAUGAUGUUAUUUGUAUUGUAAUGCAGAUCCUUUAAAGCUUAAUUAAUUUGUAAUACCUUUUAUUUGUAGUCGUAAAUAUCUUAUUCUACGUUAGGUUGUGCUUGUAUGUACUAUGAACUAUGAAUAUCUGUGCUUGUAUGUUUUUCCUUCAAAAAAUAUUCAUAUCUUUUUUACUUGUAAUCGCAAACAUAAUCCUGUCAAAGAAUCUUUGAAGA